AUGGUAUGCUGCGCGUGCACUUGAGCUGAAACGCUAAGUGAUAGAAACGUAAGGGUCUCAUAUAUAGGCUACUUGGCGGCUAUACCAAAAAGGAAUGCAGGAAAGACCAACCCCGCGUGCGUGAAUAAACAGGAGUAAACACUGAGCUGCGGAGCGCGAGGGCAGUCUGAAAACUUAGGCGCUGUCCAUGGUGCUGAAUCGCCCCUCGGCGAGGGGACCGACAAGUCUGUGAGCGUCAUCUUUUCUUCACGACCUGUUUCAUACCUGAGCACUCCAUGAACACGGGGAUGAUGGAUGUCUACAGUUUCAGACACCAUAUUUGAGUCGGACGCCAGGAUGAAGGACUUGUGGAUUUAAACCCCUGAAUGAAGAAUCCGCCUCGGCUCGACAAAAUGUUUCUGAAGACAUCAUUUGUCACGUACUUUCACUUGCUAUCUAUUUACCGACCAACUCGAGCCCGAUUCAGCCAGUAACCGUUCAUACAUUCAUCAACAUGAUAUAAGAAUGAACUGAUACAAUUGAGUUGCCCAUCAAGCAUAGAUCUGCGUUUUAAUCUACUGUAAGAAGAGCAACGAUACGCAACGAGACAUGGCUCGCCUGCUUGUUUUGGUCAACUCCGUGGUCCUGUUGCUUUUUGGCAGCGACAUGUUUUUGGUAGGAGCAAACCGGCCCCCAGCUCCCGUCAAUGUGUCCGUCAUGCACCUGCGGGCCGACUCGGCAACUAUAUCCUGGGAGGUUCCAGAGGGAGAUAUAAUAAUUGGCUUCUCAAUCUCGCAACAGAGGCAGGAAGGACAUAUGCAGCGAUUCAUUCGGGAAGUCAACACCACCAGCCGCUCUUGUGUCCUUUGGGACCUAGAGGAGGAGACAGACUACAUCAUUCAGGUCCAGUCAAUCGGCCUCUAUGGGGAAAGCCAAGCCAGCAAGAAGGUCCAUUUUUGCACCCUCAAGAAGACAGACCGCUUUCCCUCCAACAGCUCCAACCAAGAUGACCCCACUGUGCAGGGCCUGGACAAGUCCCGGCAUCUACAAACAGGAGAGAUGAUCAUAAUUGUGGUGGUCUUGCUCAUGUGGGCAGCUGUUAUUGCCCUGUUCUGCCGGCAGUAUGACAUCAUCAAGGACAACGACUCCAGCAACAGUAAGGAGAAGGCCAAGCCGUCGUCAGAGAGGAGCACACCGGAGCACCACAGUGGUGGGCUGCUGAGGAGCAAGUUCCAUCCUUCUGUGCCAUCUAUCAACAUCAUCGAAGUUUGAGAAGAAGGAAUUCCUCUCUCUCUAAUACCAUCAAUGCAUUUCUCACUGAUGAGUAAAAAAAGCUGAAAACACGUGAAGUUUCUGAGGGUCGUCAUCAGUGAAUAAAGUUGGCUGAGGCUGUCUUUGCAAAAGACAUGCAUGCACACAGUAUUUGUAGAAAAACACUAUAAACUACAAGUGCACACCAAUUCACAUGACCCUACACACCCCAAUACACACACACACACACACACACACACACACACACACAAGCUAACAGAAACCUACUCCUGCAGGUUGAUAGUACAUAAACUAAUGAGAACCCAUGGUGCAGUUAACAUUGAAGACUUUGCCAGGUGCUUAGUACGUUAUUGCAAUACAAAACACACAAUCAUCUCUGGGAGGCGGGGCUUCAUGACUUUAAAUACGCAGUGUAUUUUUGAUAUUGGCAUGUGCAAUUAGACACCACAUUCCCCUGUUAUAGAUAACUCAGCUUCAUAUAAAUCAACAUUUUCCCAUUACAAAUAGUGUUAAUAUAUUGUCUCAUCACAAAUGUAUUGUGAUGCAGAUUGUUAAUAAAGAAAGAAAGAAAAUACAUGUAUUCAUUUGUAAGAACCACCAUGACGAUGUCAUAAUGUUUUCUAGUAAUAUUAAAAUACCAUUUUCUGGUCAACAUUGUAUUUUUUCAUGUCAUAAAUAACGAACAUUAUGUCUGUACAUAGUGCAUUCAUUUACUAAAGUUGCAUGCAGGUCAUUUGCCUGUAGAAUAGCAUUUGAUGUGCAUUCAAAGUUAGAUGCCAAAAAGCAAGUAAUAAACAAUGAUUUCAGUCCUGUGAA